CUUGCUUCUCCCUCCUCGGUCCUCUCUGUCACCAGGCUUCACUCUUGGACUGGUCAGGGCUGGAGGGAGCCCCUCUUUAUCUGAAGCUUCCAGCUUGGCUGUGUCUCAGAGGGCUGGCCACUAGCCAAUUGACUUGAGGACAAGAGCAGUCUGGAAACUGAGACACAAGAUGGCCUUCCUCAAACCAAGGACUUCUUUCCUGGGGCUUUUCCCAAGCCUGCUCUUGCUGGGGGCUCUCAUCCUGGUAGCAUCAGCCCUGGAUGCAGUCAGUCUGGUGGAUUUCUGUGACCAGAUGCUCCAGGGGGAUGGGAUGAUUGUCCGCUCCCAUCCAGAUUCCCAGAAAUUCUACUUUGUGGCCCUAGAGACGGACUGCUGGCUCACUGUGCAGGCUGCAUCUCCCCAGGACAGAAUCCUGUUCCAGUUCCGUUUCUUUCUGGUAUACAGCCUGACCCAUCCUCCACCUUCUGAGCUGCCUCAGACAACCACCUCUGGGCUCAGCCAGCUCAGAGAGGACCCCUGUGCCACUGGCUCCUACGUGCAGUUCUAUGAUGGGCCAGCCAAGGAGGGUCCCCGCCUUGGGAAUCGGCUAUGCGGACUGACCAUCCCAGGCCCAGUCCUAUCCACAGGAAGAUCCCUGAGCCUACGCUUAGUAACGAGGGGCCAGCAGCCCAGGGUGGAUUUCAUUGGGGACUUCACCUCAUUCCGACUAGGCUCCAGCAUCUCACCCUGUGUCCUGGGCUCCUACUUCCUCUGCCGGAACAAGAAGUGCAUCCCCCAGAGCCUGGUGUGUGACACGUGGGGUAUCGACAACUGCGGGGAUGGCAGUGACCAGACCUCCUACCCCCCUGCCAGCUGCAGAGAUGUGACCACAGCCACCCUGAUGUCUCUGGUCUUGACAAUUCGAGGGACUCUGUACCCCAGCAACAGCAGCAACAGCAGCAACAGCAGCAACAGGCAAAGGUCACCAAGGACUCUGCUGGCAUCCUUGGUGCUGCUGGGCUCUGCAGGGGCCGUGGCAGGCCUACUCUGGUGCUGCUGCUGCCAUUCCCCAGGUUGGACCCUUGCCAGGACCAGGGCAUCCAAAUCGCUUUCUAGCUACAGUUCUGUCUAUGCCACCUGCUGCCCCUUGAGUCUGCCCCGCUGCCUCUGCAAAGGCUGGGUCACCCCUCAAGCUGGUUCUGGGAUUGCAGAGGACUUAGCUAGUGUGGGUCCUAGUGUGCCCAGCCUGCUAGCUUUUCUGGUGUACAUGGCAUCCCGUAGUGCCCAUCCCUACCCCGCCUCACCCUGUGGCUUUGUCCCCCGCCAACCCAAGGGGCAGGGUCAGCCCAGCCCCAAGGCGGGUAGCAGCAAAGCAUGA